ACAAAUGUCGUUUACCAUUGUGUAGAUCGCGAACCGCAUAGAGGUCGUUGGACAAUUCUAGAACACCAAACACCGCCUUUAACAUCACCGCGCAUUCUAGAACGUUCUCGAACGUGUUAUCGGUAUAUAACAGACCGACGCAUCAACGGUCGUCACAGUUGAUUUUUGGCGCUUGUAGAUUUACCAUACGAGUUCUUCGUUGCUAACCCUUUUCGGUUAAUUGCAGUUCUGAAUUUUCUUAUUAAUUUUCAAGUUUCCAGUGAUUUGUGUCGUCACCCAAAGUACUCUGGUUUGAUAUUUUAGAUUCGUCGUGGUGCCGAUCUGAAGAUACAAGAUGUCCAUUUUACCAUUUUUAUUGGAUGAACUAGCAAGACCAACCAUUUAUGAUCAACAUUUUGGUCUGAAUUUAUUGGACGAUGAUUUGUUACAUCCUCAACGUUUGCACCAUAGAUACAACCAAUCUCCGUCCCUUAUGAUGUUUCAAAGACCUUAUCGUCCAACUUCUGCAUCUCAAGGCUUAUCACAUAUACAAAAUGACAAAAACAAUUUCAAAGUAAAUUUGGAUGUACAACAGUUCAAGCCAGAUGAAGUAUCUGUAAAGGUUGUAGAUGGUUUUGUAGUAAUAGAUGCCAAACAUGAGGAGCGAAGUGAUGAACAUGGUUUCAUUUCACGUCAGUUUACCAGACGUUACAAGAUUCCAGACAAUGUUGAUUCAGAUGCUAUUGUAUCUACAUUGUCUUCAGAUGGUGUACUGAGUAUUGGAGCUCCCAAAAAGGUGCCUAAAAAUGCUGCUGGUGAAAUACCAAUUCAGAUAGUCCAGACAAACCAACCAAGUAUCAAACAAUCUCAGAGUAAAGAAAAUAAUGAGAAAAUGGACACAAACCACUAGUGUGUAACUCUUGGUUGUACAUGUAACAUUAACUAUAUGGUCAUAUAAAUGAAAAAUGCAAUUGUUCUCAA